GCACAGAACCGGAACUCACUUCUCGCGCGCUCUGACACGUCAGCUGUAGGUGCCGGACGCAGUUAGUUGUUGCACGCGCCGCGUUUCCUGGUUCCUCUGUGUUGAUAUUCGCCGAUGUAAACUGUUCAAAGUCAAACGGUAGUAUUUUCAUUGGGUUUUAUCACCGUUAUUAAGUUGCCAUCCUGUUUGCGAAAGAAUAAUUAACGAAUAAAACCACAUCCGGUUGAUUUCACCUGUAAUCCAGCCGCUUGUGUUCAGCAUGGGUGAUUUAGCAUGAUGUUAUCACCAGAUUUCCUGAGGGCACAGCGGGUUUGAUGCCCACUGCUCCAAGAUGGAGCACUCUGAUUUUAUGACACACAAUAACGGGCGCCAGAGGAAGGCGGCGGGGGUCGCCUUCUCAUCUGAGAGCAUGACGGACAGGGUAGAGAUGAGCUCUCCUGAUCCGGAGUUAGAGGAGGAAGCAGAGGGUCUCAUCAGAGGGUCUGACUCUGAGGACAGGAGGCACAUGGUCCGGCCUGCUGGGGUCCGUGGAGAGUUGGGGAACGUUUUGCUCCUUCUGUUCCUGUACGUGCUGCAGGGGAUUCCUCUGGGCCUGGCGGGGAGCAUCCCUCUGAUUUUACAGAGUAAGAACGUCAGCUACAAGGACCAGGCCUUCUUCAGCUUUGUCUUCUGGCCAUUUAGUCUCAAGCUCCUCUGGGCGCCGCUGGUGGACGCGCUCUACUUCAGCAGGUUUGGUAGAAGAAAGUCAUGGCUGGUUCCAACACAGUACCUGCUGGGCCUCUUCAUGCUCUACCUCUCUGUGACGGUCAAUUCCCUGCUGCAGAGUGAGGGAGGACCAAAAGUGGUAACACUCACAGCUGUCUUCUUCAUGCUUGCCUUCCUGGCAGCCACACAGGACAUCGCUGUGGACGGCUGGGCCCUGACUAUGUUGUCCCGGGAGAAUGUGGGCUAUGCUUCUACAUGCAACUCAGUGGGCCAGACAGCUGGAUACUUCUUAGGGAAUGUGCUCUUCCUGGCUCUGGAGUCUGCAGACUUCUGCAACAAAUACCUCAGAACAGAGCCCCAGGACACAGGCAUCGUGACCUUGUCAGACUUCUUGUUUUUCUGGGGGAUAGUGUUCCUGGUUUCCACGACGUUGGUAGCCAUCAUGAAAAAGGAAAACGAGCAGGGCAAAGGGAAGAAGAGAGUCCAAGAGGAGACACAGGGCGUCAUGGCAACCUACAAGCUGCUGUUCAACAUCAUCAAGAUGCCCACCGUCUUCACCUUCUGUGCCUUGCUUCUCACUGCCAAAAUGGGCUUCUCUGCAGCGGACGCAGUCACAGGUCUGAAGCUGGUGGAGGCUGGAGUCCCGAAGGAGCAGCUGGCCCUGCUGGCCGUGCCCAUGGUGCCUCUGCAGAUCCUGCUCCCUGUGAUCAUCAGUAAAUACACCGCGGGGCCCCGACCCCUGGAUGUCUUCUACAAGGCCUUUCCUUUUAGGUUGCUCAUAGGACUGGGGUACGCUCUGCUGGUGUGGUUGACCCCCAGUUUAAAACAAGAUGGAGGGUUCCCUGUUUACUACUACGGCAUAGUGCUGAUUAGCUACGCAUUGCAUCAGGUGACGCUGUACAGCAUGUACGUGGCCUGCAUGGCCUUCCAUGCCAAAGUGAGCGACCCCCUCAUCGGGGGGACCUACAUGACGCUGCUGAACACUGUCACCAACCUGGGGGGGAACUGGCCCUCCACCUUGGCUCUGUGGAUGGUGGACCCCCUCACCUCUAAGGAGUGUCAGGGGGCGGCGGGGCAGAGCUGUGGCUCUCCGGAGGAGGCGGGGCUGUGCGUUAAGGAGGGCGGCGCCUGUGUGACUACACUGGACGGUUACUACGUGGAGUCGGUGGUGUGUGUGGUGAUCGGUCUAGCCUGGUGGGUGUGGUUAGGGAAGAAGAUGAGGCGGCUGCAGGAGCAGAGCCCCGCUGCGUGGAGGUGCAGAUCCAAUCACUGAUGACACUCCUCCUCAGGACUUCUGACUCUUUCUUUGUUGCUCAGCGUAACGGUGGACAUGUUGUUUCACUCCGGUCCAUCCUGUUUACUCCCUGCUCCAGCUGUUCAGAAAUCACUCUCAAACUGUGUCACCUUGACCUGCAUAACUCUGAUGAAAGACGUACAAGUCCUUCUCAUCAUUACUAUAUCCCGGAGAACUGAAACUACGAGCUAGCUAAAACGUUUUAUUUUUUAUCCUGAAACUUUACUUUGCUGUUUCAAACAGCCUUAACAAGCGAGAGCUGAGUCAAAGAGUGUGCUCAAAUACAUUUCUGGGUUUGUCUGCUUGGAUGGCCAGUGUGUGGCUAGAAAUGUUAGCAAAACAAAUAAUUAGUGCCCUAACCCAGUAUGAAGAUCAUUGCUGUUUGACUCAGAUCUAAACCAAUGUUGUUGUUUUUUUAUGAUUAUUUAAAUAUAUGUUUUCCUCUUGAGUGAUUUGUGCCUUGUUUCCUGUUUCAAAGCCAGUUGAUUCAUGAAGGCAGGGGAUAUUACCAUUGAAGUUGAUGAACAUGCAUUGAGUAACUCUGUAGUCUGUAGUAGAUUACAUAAAACAUAGCUGCUAUCGUUCUUUAGUUUUGAUAUACUUUGAUAGGAUGCUCAGCACACAUUCCUCAUGAAUACAAGAUGAGCUGUCUAAAAUAUUAAAUGUUUAAGAAAUAUUUUUUUCAUUCAUUUUCUACGCAACAUGUGAUUUUUUUAAUUUUUUUAAUUCCUACUUUAAUCUCAGAUCUUGAGAAAACAUUCACUUUCGGUCAGAUCUCAAAAAAGAAUUUCACAAGUGACCCUAAUCCUUUCCCUAUUAUAGGACCAAUUCAAAUCCUUGGAGCAAUAUUUGACAGUGCAGCUUAAACAUUUUUACUAUCAUUUUUUUUUAAGUUGCAAGAAAAAAACAGACAUAUUUGUCUCUAAAUGUUUUUUUAAGCCGAUUAGGUUUUGCAGCAUUUUCAAGUUUUAUAGAUGCAUUCAUUUUGAGUGAAUAUGUGAAUAUGCUGUACACUAUCUAUCAAUUUACAGACUAGUCCUAAUUCAGACAACCGUAACGUUGAACAGUUUGGAUCAAGCGUUUCUUGUGGCACAUCCCAUCUAAAGGGGACAUUAACACCAGCCUGAGAAGUGUGUAAAUAAAUACAUCCAUAUUUCUUGCUCCAAAAAACAAUUCAUCACUCAGACCAGCAGCCUUCGUGACAAAGCAAACGCCAUUAAAGUCUUGCCUGUUGUACAUAGAAGUGAAUGUUACAGUAUUUCUCUAAAUACAAAAUGUAAGGACACAAUCAGGGCUCAGUGUAAGGAUACGUUUAACUGUUACAUCGUUGUGUAUCUGAUUAACCAUGCCGACUUUGUGAAGUACGUUUUGAAGGUCAAACCUUUCUAGAUUAUGACGGUAGAAAAUGUUUUUUUAAAACAUGUUUGACCUGUUACUACUCUGAAAUGCACAGAAGUCAUCUGUUUAUUUAACAUCAGACUGCAAGCCUUUCCUUUAAAGUUAUUAUACCAGCACAUCACUGUUUCAUUAUGAGAGCCUUUUUGCCAUUACUGGGCACUACAUUUGUUGUAUGAUUUUAGAUGGACUGUGUGGCAUUUUUAUAAUAUCAAUGUUUCAGAUCAGUAAUUUUAAUCUGCUGAAUUGGCUUUAAAGGUGGUGAUAAAUCUUUUAGCUGCAUACAAUUUGUUUUAAUUUCUCAGUUACCUCAUCACACUUAAAUUGAAGAUGUUUGUUGUCUCGUUAUGAUUUUUUUAUUUGCCCAUCUUUUCAGAUCCCCGCUCAUUUCAUUGAACAGGGUGACCGUAUAGAGACAUUUAAAUAAGCUAUCAGCAGCGAUCUUUAAUGCUCUGACGAUGAAUGCAAUGAAAAAACUCUUGUAUACAAAUAAAAAUACACUUGUGGUUUCUGCAUACAAAAAAA